AGGUCUGACGGCCCGGUGGCGCUGCCUGCUUCUUAUACAGUGCGACGCCCGCUCGGGGAAAGGUCAUACAAGAUGGCGGCGCUGGCUGUGCUGAGGAGCUCAGCUCCCGCCCGGCUUCUAUCAGGGACUGUGUGCGCCCACGGCAGGGUCCUGGCACCAUGGAGACACCGGCACAGUACCAGACACUUCAGCAACAAUAAGAUCCUGGUGGAGAUGGAUGACUCUACUGGGGUGGCAGUCAUGAAAAUGAAGAAUCCUCCGGUGAACAGCCUCAGCCUGGAGCUCCUGACAGAAUUCUCCAUCAGCCUGGAGAAGCUGGAGAUUGACCGAGGCUGCCGGGGGCUUAUUCUGACCUCUGCCUCUCCGAAAGUCUUUUCUGCUGGGCUGGACAUUACAGAGAUGUGUGGAAAGAGCGCUGAGCACUAUGCAGCUUUCUGGAGAGCCGUGCAGGAGAUGUGGCGGAAGCUGUUCGGAUCCAACAUGGUGACAAUAGCAGCUAUCAAUGGUUCAAGUCCCGCUGGCGGGUGCCUUAUGGCCAUGUGUUGUGAUUACCGGAUCAUGGCUGACAGCCCGAAGUACGCCAUUGGCCUGAAUGAGACCCAGCUGGGCAUAGUUGCUCCCUUCUGGUUCAAGGACACAAUGGCACACAUCGUAGGGAGUCGCAUGACAGAGCAAUCCCUCCAACUGGGACAAAUGUAUCCUGCCCCCGCAGCUCUUAAAAUCGGUCUUGUGGAUCAGUUGGUUCCAGAGGAUAAGGUACAGAGCACAGCGGCUGCGGCCAUGGCUCAGUGGCUCUCUGUCCCAGAUCACGCCCGUCAGAUCACCAAGUCUAUGAUACGUAAGCCUAUUCUAGACCGGCUAGUCAAACAGCAAGAGGCUGAUAUCAAUAAUUUUGUCAGCUUUAUCUCCAAGGAAUCCAUCCAGAAGUCUUUGCAGGUCUAUAUGGACAUGUUGAAGCAGAAGAAGCCAUAACUUGCUGAGUAGAUGUUGCAGUAUAUAGGAAAGCCAUAAACUGCUGUAGCUCACAGAGCCUGCAGCAUGGAGGAGGAUGGGAUGUGGUGAUGAUGGAGGAAUCUCUCGACGAGCUGCCUAUGUAAAUUCUCAAUGUUCUUGCUAAGCUGAUUACAGGUCUGCAGGGAUGUUGCGUGGUAGCCAUGUUUUUGUAUCGCCUUUUUCACAAUCAGAUGGUAAUGGAAAUUCAGCCCGUGUUUCCUUUCUACCAACCUAAUAAAAAUAUUUUG